AUGUAUGCCUUCAGAAAACAUGCUGCCCUUAACAAGAAAAAACUUAAUGCAGAAUCGUUUUCGUUUGUGAUGCCAAAAUUAAAUGUCAAUUCAGUAAAUGAAGACCCCACAGCUUCUCUGUUAGAGCAGGACAAAUUGCCGAUCUCAAAGAAUUAGUUUGCAAAUGAAUCCGUAAUGAUGGGAUAAAUAUGAAGAUACUUAAUCAAUUAGAGUAGAAGGUGGGUGUGUAGAGAGAAUAGCCAUAGAUAAAUGUACAAGAAUGGGGAAUUUAGUUGAGUAAUCAUCUUAAAUUAAUUGAUGAUAAAAGUAGCAAUUGGGUUAGGAAUAAAUAUACAAAAAAUGCAAUUGAGAUAAUUAAUAAAUAGAAAUUCUCUACAAUAGAAAAUGAAAAAUCAUAAUUGUCGAAUUAAUGGAUUCUAAGAUUUUUGUAAGAAUAUUUUUAAUUAAUAAUAGUUCUAAAUUAUCAGUUAUUGAACCAACAUCAAACUGGUUAAAUUUAUGGAGUAUAUUUAUGUCAAUUUGUUUAUUAAUAUACUUUUACUUUCUUAUGAUAAAUCUAUAUUUUUCAAAAAAUGAAGGAGAUUAAGAAUGGUACUGGGAUUAAUGGAAAUAAGGAUAUACAGGAUGGUUAAAUAUGAUUUAUACACUUUGUAUGACAUUAGACAUUUUAAUAGAAAUGCAUGUAUCAUAUUUUGAAAGAGGAGAAUAUGUAAAAAACAAAAAAUAAGUGUACAUAAAUUAUUUAAAAACUGGAUUCUUUUUUGAUUUUAUUCCACUUUUUGUUUUAUAUUUAUGUCUCAUAUCAGAGUAAGUGAAUGAGUCAACAAUAAUAAGAUAUUUCUUCUUUUUUAAAUUCUACAAACUUUCAAUUUAUGAUUAAAGAUUUUAGGAAAGAGUUUAAUUACAUAGAAAAUCAAAAACUAUAUAUUUAAUAUUUAAGAUAAUAGUUGAAAUACUAAUAAUUGUAUAAUUGAAUGCAGCUUUAUUUUAUCGUGCAGGAAUAUAUAUGUAUGAUAUGAAAUAAGAAGAUGAAGAGAAUUUUAAUUGGGGAACAUGGUUAGAGAAUGAUAUGUUUAAUGGUGAUAUAUACAGUAAAUCAUUGUAAUCAUAAUAUUUCUUAUCAUUAUAUUGGUCUGUUGCAACAUUAACAACUGUAUCAUAUGGUGAUAUUACUCCUGUUAAUCCUCUAGAAAUUUUAAUAAGUACAAUGGCUAUGUUAAUAGCAAUAUUUUUAUUUGCUUUAAAUGUAUAAACUAUUUAAGAAGUAUAUUUGGAAUAUAAGGCAAGUAAGAAAAAGUUUUAAAAGUAAUAAAUUUAUAUUAUAAUUUAAUAGACAUUUAAUAGCUAUCAAUAGAUUCAUGAGAGAUAAAUAGAUAUCAGUUUCAUUAUAAGCUAAAAUUAGAAAAUAUUUGGAUCAUAUAUGGGAUAAAUAAAGAGCAAGAGAAUAGAAACUAGAAUAAGUUGUUAUAGAUUCAUUAGCUCCAUCUUUAAGAUAAGAGUUAAUGUUUGAAUCUUAUGGAAUGGAUUUAAUUAAGAUUCCUUGGAUGAGUGAUAAUUUUACAUUUGAAUUUAUUAAGGAAUUAUCAGAAGAAUUAAGAGAAGUUUAUUUUGCAGCUGAUGAAACAAUAUUUCUCGAUAAAGAAACAGUUCAUGAUGAUUACUCAUUUUAUAUUGUGAAAGAGGGUCAAGUUGAUUUAUUUAUUAAUAGUAGUAAUGUAGCCUAACCUUUAGUUGCUCAUUUAAAGAGUGGGGCUGUCUUUGGAUAAUACUCUUUUAUUACUGGAGAUGGUAGAUAAUGUUCUGCUAAAACUAGAACAUAAACAACAUUAUAUUAAGUUAAUAGAACAACAUUUAUAAACACAUUAUUGAAAUUUGAAGCAGAUUAUGAAAGAUAUUGUUAAUUAAAAGAUUUAGUUAUGCUUGGUAAAAGAUAUGAUUUAUUAGUAAAAAUUUACAUUUAUUUAUAUAGCAAUUAAGUUGUUUUACUUGUAAUUUAUCAGAUCAUAUGAGUAAUUGUUGUCCAUUAACACAUUUUACAUUUGAAUCUUAAAAAAAUAUAAUGGGUUCAUAGAUUGUUAAAAAUGAAUAUAAAUAAUAAGAUAGAAAAAAAGCAAAAAGGAGAAAAGCAAAAUAAAAAAAUAUUAUUGUAAAUGCAGAUGAAUUUGAAAUUGAUGAAGCAUAAUUGAGUGAACUUAAAUAAUAAUAUGUUGAAAAACCAAAUGAUAGCUAUGAUAUUGAUAAAGUUCAUAGUUUUAAAUAUUACUUCCCUUGUUAGAAUAUAGAUUCCUUCUAUUAUAAUCAAAUGAGGUAUCAUAUAAUAAAUAAAUUAGAAAUAUUUCAUUAAACCAUAAGAAGUAUUUUACACCUCCGCUUCGGCAUUAGAUAGUACCAAAAUGA